CUUCUGGAAAAAACCAACAACAUGUUUGAGGAACCUGAUUCUGCACCUACAAAAAGUCCUUUGCAUUUAGCUGCCUACAACGGUCAUCAUCAAGCCUUGGAGGUACUUCUCCAGUCUCUGGUAGAUCUGGAUAUUAGGGAUGAGAAGGGACGCACUGCUUUGGACCUGGCUGCAUUUAAAGGACACGCAGAGUGUGUGGAAGCUCUCAUCAGUCAGGGUGCUUCUGUCACUGUGAAAGACAAUGUCACCAAAAGGACCCCCCUUCAUGCUUCAGUCAUUAAUGGCCAUACACCUUGUUUACGGUUGUUGCUGGAAGUUGCAGACAACCCUGACGUGACAGACGCCAAAGGACAAACCCCACUAAUGCUUGCGGUGGCAUAUGGGCACAUUGAUGCUGUUUCUUUAUUACUUGAAAAAGAAGCAUCUGUAGAUGCAGCAGAUCUCCUGGGAUGCACAGCUUUACAUCGAGGGAUUAUGACUGGGCAUGAAGAAUGUGUUCAGAUGCUUUUAGAGAAAGAAGUAUCUAUUUUAUGUAAAGAUGCCAGAGGCAGAACACCUCUGCACUUUGCAGCAGCUCGGGGUCACGCCACUUGGCUGAGUGAAUUGCUGCAGAUAGCACUUUCAGAAGAAGACUGCAGUUUGAAAGAUAAUCAAGGUUACACGCCACUGCACUGGGCUUGCUACAAUGGUCAUGAAAACUGCAUAGAGGUACUAUUGGAGCAAAAAUGUUUCCGCACAUUCUAUGGUAAUAGCUUCUCUCCAUUGCACUGUGCCAUAAUCAAUGAUCAUGAAAACUGUGCAUCGCUGCUCCUCGGCGCCAUCGAUGCCAGCAUUGUCAACUGCAAAGAUGACAAAGGGAG